UUUAGGUCGCUAAGUUCACGCAAAGAAGACAAGCAAGAAAAACAUCGGUCUAACUUUCCUUUUGCACGAGACUUUCAAGAUGGUUGAAAUACUUGGAGCUCCUAUAAUAAUAUCCUGCUCAUAUGAUCCUUCGUAUAAAGUUGAUAUCUGCCUCCAUGAACAACUAUGGGGAGGGUCAAUGACCUCAAAUGACCUGGCUAUAGAGGUCAUGACCUUAAUCUCUGAGCUGGAAGUUCUCUGUGAUAAAGAAACCCAACAGGGUGAAAACUUUAGUAAAUUUCAAAAAGGAAGCCAGAGAAAGACCUACAUGGCUACAUUUGAAACACAAGCUGCGCUGCUCCGGGACAAACUCGAGAAACUGAUGAGAGAGCAUCCUGAACCAAAACCGAACAGUCUGCAGGUAAGGGAUGUUCGAUAUGUUGAUGGCGUUCAUAGGCCACUUUUAGUUUUUAAUUGGAUGUCUCCCUCGUGGGGCGGCCCUCAUCUCAUUCAAGGUCUGGGUUAUUAAAGUCUUAAAUAUAGCGAACAUGGGAGGAAAUCACUUUGGCUCGCUCUCAGAACCUCUUAACACAUUUUCUAAAUGAAUGUAAGCAAAGUUUGACUUUCUAUCGUUGGAGGAAUCGUUGGAGGAAAUUACAUCCCGCUAUAUAUAAAGCCUGAGUGCCUUCAAACAUUACGUACAUCAUGUAGAAGAUUACUCUUUCACGCUCUCUCUCCCUUUUAAGGUGUUGGUAUGUUUCAUGUUGUAGUGGAGUGGCUUAAAGCCCCAUUGCACUAGUUGCUCCCUCUUUAAAUGGAAAACAAUGCCUAAGCAGUGCCCGUUGG